AAACGAUUAAAACGAUUAUGAGUUCCUUGAAGAGAGAAGAGAGGCCUGCAGCCCCUAGGAAGUCUCACUUACUUCCCUACGAAGACUUUUUAAUGGCGUCGCUUCUUUCUCCUUCCUUUGUCUUAUCUCUUCAACCACCUUAUCAUUGCCUGAAAAAGAGAGUUUACGCACCUCCUUGCCUCGUUCGAGAUUCAUUGUCGCCGUCUCUCUCGUCCUCCAGUUUGAUUCCCCAGGUGGUUGUUACCCGAGAAAGUGGCAAGAACAAACAAAUUAUCAAAGCCUUGGAGAAACGUGGGAUUUCAUCUUUAGAACUCCCACUGAUUCAACAUGCUCGGGGACCUGAUUUCGAUCGCCUUGCUUCUGUACUAAGUGAUAAGAGCUUUGACUGGAUCAUCAUAACCUCUCCAGAGGCAGCUUCUGUUUUUCUCGAAGCGUGGAAGGCAGCUAGCUCUCCUAAAGUGAAAGUAGGUGUAGUGGGAGCUGGAACAGCCCGCAUAUUUCAAGAUGCAGUGCAAGCUGCAGAAGGAGCGCUUCAUGUUGCCUUUACACCAUCUAAAGCAACUGGUAAAGUCUUGGCUUCAGAGCUUCCAGAGAAUGUGGGCAAAAGUUCAUCUGUCUUAUACCCGGCUUCUAUAAAAGCAAGCAAUGAGAUUGAGGAAGGGUUGUGCAGGCGAGGGUUUGACGUUCUGAGGCUGAAUACAUACACAACAGUUCCUGUGCAAAGUGUAGAUGCAAUGCUCCUGCAACAGGCAUUGUCUGCGCCUGUUCUUUCUGCAGCUUCACCUUCUGCAAUCCGGGCCUGGAAGAACUUGAUCCAAAACGAGGAGCAAUGGAGUAAUAAUGUUGCUUGCAUAGGAGAGACAACUGCUUCAGCUGCAAGACGACUAGGAUUUAAAAAGGUGUACCACCCGGAGAACCCAGGGCUUGAAGGAUGGGUCGAGAGCAUCAUGGAAGCUCUAAUCACUCACGAAGAAUUACACAAAUUUAAAUAACUCUAGCAGCAGGAACUGAGUCACACUCAUAAACUGGACUUAUGGUGGAUUGUGAAUUGGGACACUUCUUGUCUUACACGUACAAGUUGCAAGUUAGAUGACCUGAAAAAUAACCAAGUGAUGGUGUUGAUAAAAGUCCUCAACCCCUUAAUUUCAGAUAUGUCGGGCAGCUUUUGUAAGAUAAAAAUGUAUAUGUAUACAGUAAAAAGUAAAAACUCCAAAAAAAUCUUUUUUUUUCUUUCUAGUCUUGAAUAGAGAGAUUUACAUUACAGGUCAUUUUUUGUCUUUGUAUUAUAUUAUAAGAUAGUACUAUUAAAGCAGUUUUUGGUAACUAAAAACCUAACUAUUGUAAAUUUUGUAACUAAAAGGCCC